UUCUUUUUCUUUUUUUUUUUUAUUACCCUCCCUACUCUUUAUAUAUAUCAAUAUGAUUGCUCCUAUUACUGGUAAGCUCCGAAAGCAAUUCUUUAAGGAUCUCACUAUUGCUCUUUCUCUUGGAGCUGCUGGUGGUGCUGCCUGGUGGAACCUUUACCACAUUCCCAACGUUCAACGUCGUGAUGCCUACUACGCCAAGUUGGAAGCUACCAAGAACUAAAAAAAAAAAAAAUCAUAUCAACAAUAAACCAACAUGUCCGCGCUUUCUCUAUCAUAACAACAUUCCUCUCUUGGUCGACACUUUUUAUUCUUAUUUACCUAUUAUUUUACGACAAUAAAAAAAUUGGAACCAAUACAACCAUUCUUAUACAUAUUCAUAUCUUUUUUUGAUUGAUUUACUUUAGUUAGACAUGAUUACUUUUUGUUUUUUUUCAAUAAAGGCUUCAUGCUUUGUCCGAUAUUA